AUUUAUUUUAUUUUGCCGGUCCCUUAUAUUCCACUGUCCAUCAAUGUUGCGUGCGAUCAGUCUAACAGCAGUCCGUACACCCUUACUUAGCCGUGGUGUCGCUAGCGCUGCGUCCCAAUCCGGAAAGACUGUCUUCCAUUUGGCAAAUCUCGCUGAUAACCCCGGCGCUGUAUCAGAGCGUACUCGUGUAGGUCGAGGUCCAGGAUCUGGUAAAGGCAAAACAGCCGGUCGAGGUCACAAGGGUCAAAAAGCUCGAUCGGGCAACGGUAAACCGACACCAUGGUUCGAAGGUGGUCAAACUCCUCUCGUCAAACGUCUGCCGAAGCGCGGUUUCUACAACCUUCAUGGUAAAGAAUAUCAGGAACUGAACUUGGAUCGUUUGCAGCACUGGAUUCGCUCUGGCCGAAUCGAUUCAUCACAGCCGAUUACCAUGAAGCAUCUCUUGGACAGUCGAUGUAUACAUAAAAUCGAAGACGGUGUCAAAUUAUUGAGCGUGGGUGCGGAGGAAUUCGACAUCCCCAUUACGAUCGAGGUAUCAAGGGCUUCGCAAAAAGCGAUAGAAGCUAUUGAAAAGGCGGGAGGAAAGAUCACCACACGUUAUUACAAUAGCUUGGGAUUGAGAGCUAUUACGCAGCCUGAAAAGUUCAUUGAGAUCCCCAAGUUUGCAGCACCUUUAAGAAAGGAAGAUAUUAAAUACUACACUGAUUUCAAAAACCGUGGCUAUCUUGCUGAGCAACCCCAACAAUAGAGAAGAGGAAACGGUUUUUUAUAGCUCUGUAUCUGAACUUGUGCCGAUAACUUUUUAUCACAGAUUAUUUUUAGACCAAAUAUAAACAACAAUACGCU